AUGGUCUACACAAUCGUCGUCCACAUGCGCGCCAAGUCCGACCAAGAGUCCAUCUCCAAGCUGCACGCCAAGCUCCUCGAGGCUUCCGCCGUCUACUCCCAAGACAAGGAGACACUCUCCUGGUUCGUGAUGCAGUCCGUCCACGACCCUCAAGACUUCACUAUCGUCGAGCGGUACCUCCAGGAGUCGUCGCAGCAGUACCACCUGAACAACCCCUACUGGAAGACUUUCGACCCUUAUGUCAUUCCCCUCCUCGAGAAGGAUAUGGACCUGCGUCGGUUUGAGGAGCUGGUUCCUUCUUCCAACUGA